AUUACCAAUAUAUAUGUUAUUUGUAAAUACGAUUUGUUAGUUUAUUAUUUAACCUAUUAAAUAAUUCAAAUUAAAUUUUUUAGUAUUUGAUGCGAAAUUGGGUGAAAAUAAAAUGUGCAAAUCGUUACGAUAUUGACAAAAAUUUACAUUGUCAAUAUUUCGUGCCUGAUUUUUUAGCAAAGUCAUAUCAAGACAUGAUUAUUGUGUUACCGUACGAUUUCUGUUCAAUAUCUCAAAUGGUAGCUAGCGUUGUUUUAUCACAGGAUUAUACUGGAACUGAAUGUGAAGUGUGUAUCUUUAAACCAUUCAUCCAGUGUGAUCAAAAAUACUUUUUUGCAUAUGUCAGUCAGAACUAUGAGGUUUUGGGAAUUAGUAAUUGGUUUGAGUGUUUUCAUGGGUAUAGAGGCUCAUGCGAAUGUAACUCAAUAGAAAUUUCGAUUUCCAAAUUGAAUCUUUUUCAAAAUCAUUCACCAUCGACUUCUAUUCCAUCGUUCAUCUCUACUUUGAUGUCUUUACGUUCAACGUCGAUUUGUAUGAAUUGUAAAGUACCAUCGAAUUAUCCAGUUAUCAUGAAAUAUUUGAUCGAUAAUAUUGAAGUUUUGUCCAGCUUUAAAGCUAAAUUCAACAAGGAAUACUUCAGGCAAGUUAAAAAAUUAAAAAAUAUCUCAACUUUAGAAAAACAUUUAAAUGUCAAAUUAAGAGUUGUUAAGUAUGAGAUAAAUAAGUGUCAACAAUUUGUGGAUGAUUUAAUGUUAAAUUUAUUAACAAAUAAUAUUUGCACGUUUAAAGUUGGAGACUGUCAGUAUUCAGCAAGAAUAAUUGAAUAUACAAAAAAAGUAUCUCUGUCUCAUGAACGUUUCAUGAAUAGUAUUAUUAAAUCUCAAGAGCAAGUAAUAGAACAUCUUACCAAUAAGGUUAAAGAGGUAGAAAUUAUGACAAAAUUGGCAAAUUUACUGAUGCCCUCCUAAUGUUUUAAUUUUUGAAUUUUAUUUUGAUCAAUUUAUAUACUUUCAUUAAGAAAACUGAUAACGAAUGUUAAGUAAUAUGUUUUUGUAUGUUUUUAUAUAAAUAUUAAUAUACUAUUCUAAUUAUGUAUUAUUUAAAUGAGAAACAUAACGGAUAUAAUAUUUAAACAAAAGCCAUUAUUGUGGUACUACUUUUCUAGCCGACCGUAUGCCCCAAGCUGUCGAACUAUUUGUUUGUAGUUUGUUCAUUACUUGAAAGGCAUUGGGACACCACGGGUUUAAGAGCGUAUCACUAUUCAUAUCACAUUGCCAGUAGAAUAAUUGGAUUCUUAGAUAUAUUUUAAAUAAAUAAUACGCCAACGUUAAGUAUAAUAAUUAUUUAAUAUUCGCGAUUAUAUUAACAAGAAAAUAACGAUAAGAUGUAAAAGUAUCGAUAUAUUAUGUAUUUCGGUAGAGAGUAAAAGUGCAAAAUUCAUCGCCGGAUGGGUACGUAUCACUCGCGGUCAUUGGCAUCACUGUAUGUAUGACAAAGAGAGGUAGCUGUGUCUCCAUCCAACCAAAAAAAAAACUACCGCUACGGACGGGAAAUAGUACGACCAGUUCCGACUAUGGCUAUUCCUCGACAACCGUCGUAACGAAACGGUCAAACCGACCGAGGUGCCUAAAAGUCUUGAGCCUUUGAGAGGGGUUAACGUCAAUAGGAAUUUAUAGAAACAAAAAUAAUAAAAUAAAUUUAUCCCACGCUGGACAAUGUAAUAUACAUAGAAUUAGUUUGAAUUUAUAAGAAUAAGAAUUAGUUUGCUUCACAUGUUUCAAAAGAAUUUUCUAAUCAGCUUGUUAACACCAGAACUGAGUUUAUGGGUUCACCCAAGAACUUUAUUGCCAGUACCGAAUGAUACCGCGAUGCCUUUACGACCAUGUCGCUGCUUACGCUGUUAAGCUUUCGAACAUUGAACUUUGCGACCCAUAAUAAGUUUCCGCUCUUGAGGUAAUGUCGAAUAUGGAGGAAGUUCAAUCACAUUGGUUACAAGGGGUGUCUCUUGAUCGUUGAAUAAACUAGAUGAUGUGAAUCCAGUUGACUCAUGGACAGUAUUAUUAUUAUUAUUAAAAUUAUCUAACACCAUAAAAUAUACUGCACUCUAUUCCAACCAACGGGAAGUGGCCUAUAAAUAUCAACUCGUACUUUAUCCAAUAUAUUUUCCGACAUGGUAUGAUGCAUAAGGCCUUUCACUCACUGAUUAGAAGGCUUAGUCCGCUGAUAUAUAUCACAGGUUGACAAUAAUUUACGAACAAUUCUAUCCAUGUUAUUAAAAAUACAAAAUUCUUUAAGAUCACUCAAACAUUUCUCUGCUCCAGCAUGUCCAUAUAAUUCAUGAAACUUUACAACAACAGUAGAAAAUUGAGAUUUGAGUAACGAAAUCAACUAUUGAGCUAAACUUUGCUACUAGAUUAUCAUUUUUAGAUGCCUAUUCUAUAUCUUUAGGGCCAAUUACAAUUUGACAAUGUGAUAAUAAGGGUACUGUUAUUCUAUGAAUAGUAGAGAGUUAUUCAUAGUUUAUUUUAUUGCAUUCAUCAUAAGUACAUAAUGGUAUUCAAUAUAAUAAAAACGGUAGCACAGUGUGAGUGUGGUAUAGUUGAAACUAGUAUAGAUAAUAUCUGACAGUGAUUAGAAUCACUAUCAUAAGUAAUGCUUCGAUGAAAAUCUGUAGACAGGUUUAAUUUUAAGAAAUUGGUGGAUUAUUUUAAAGCAAAAUUCUAAAUCAAAUAGAAUUAAGAAAAAAUUGCAGAUAAUCAUUGCCACAGGCAAUGAUUUUUAAUGAAUCGGCAAGCGUUCGUCGCAUUCGUUUUUUGAUAAAAUUUGCAAUUUAAACUGAUUCAAAUUUGGCAAAAGGGUUCGACGAAGAUCUGAAACUUGUUUCUA